CCUCAUCUCACUUCAGCUGUCACAUUCAGGAAGCAUAGCCUCCAGAACUCUGUCGGUUCACUUGAUCGGAUAACAUUCGUUUGGAGUUUUCCCCGAUCAUGACUCGGGCUUCUUUUCCCGUGUUUGUGUUGCUGGUGUUUGCGCUCCAAGCUCUUGCUGUAGAGAAUCACAACUCUGGAUCCAGUUUGGUAAGAAAAAAGAGAGAAUGGGUUCUUCCUCCAAAGCCUCUUAAGGAAAAUUUCGAUUACACUAAAGAGAAGGCGAUUGCUAAGAUUCGAUCCGAUCUUCAGUUUGGCUCAAAUCUUCUCUACUCCCUGGAAGGUGUUGGGGCAAACCAAUAUCCUUUCCAUGUCUUUGUGGUUGACCAACAUUCUGGUGAUGUUCGUGUCACUAAAUUGCUUGACAGGGAAGUGAUCGAUACUUACAACUUGUCUGGUGUUGCUAUGUACAAGAAUGGCACAAUUGCAGAAAAAAAAAUUGACUUACGAAUCAAGGUUGUAGAUGAGAAUGACAACUCUCCAGUAUUUCCAGAUGUUGAACCUGUUGAAGUAGAUGAGCUCAGUCCUAAAGAUACCUUGGUUACGACAGUCACUGCAUUUGAUGCUGAUGAACCAGGAAAUCUCAAUUCUCAGAUUGCUUAUAGCAUCAUAGUUCAGAAUCCAGCGGAAGAUAUGUUCUACAUAGACAGACAAAGUGGAUCCAUCUUUGUUAAAAGGCCUGUUCUGGACAGAGAGACAUGUAGUAAGUACAUUCUGACGAUAAAAGGUCAAGAUCGAAAUGGACUUCCAGAGGGAAACACCGGAACUACCACUAUUACCAUAAAUAUCCUUGAUGUAAAUGACAAUCCUCCCAGACUGGAAAAAGAUCAGUAUGAAGGAAGCAUUGAGGAGAACACAGAACAAGUGGAGGUAAUGAGAAUCAAAGCAGAGGACCUGGAUCUAAAAGGCACAGACAACUGGGAAGCUGUGUUUGAAAUUGUCAAAGGCAAUGAAGCUGGGUAUUUCAGCAUUAAAACAGACCCCAACACCAAUGAAGGCAUCUUAAUGCUUGACAAGGCUGUGGAUUAUGAGGAUGUAAAGAACCUUGAACUAGGCUUAGCCGUCAGGAACAAGAAUCCAUUAGUUGGAAGUGGAGGCAGUGGAGCAAGUGCAGCAUUUGGAGGCGGUGGUGGAGGUGGAGGUGGUGGUGGAGGUGGUGCCACUGGUGCCAGUGGAGCAAGUGGAGCAAGUGGAGCAAGUGGAGCAAGUGGAGCAAGUGGCGGAAGCAGUGGAAGAUUUAAAACCUAUCCUAUCAAAAUCAAUGUGAAGAACCAGCCGGAGGGGCCACGAUUUGAUCCUAAAAUCAAAGCUAUUCCUGUCUCAGAGGAAGGGAAAUCCUUUAACAUUAAAAAUGUUAUUGCAAGCUACCCUGCAAAAGAUGGGGAUACUGGACAACCAGCUAAGGCAGUCAAAUAUGCCAAAGGCUCAGACCCUGACAACUGGCUAACGAUUGACCCAGAGACAGCUGAGAUCAAACUGAACAAGAUGCCUGACAGGGAAUCUCCAUACCUGGUCAAUGGGACAUAUACUGCCAAAAUACUCUGCAUUUCAGAUGACAUGCCUGGUAAAACAGCCACUGGUACGAUAGCCAUCCAAGUGGAAGAUUCUAAUGACCACUGCCCCACCCUGACCAGCAAUUUCCAGACUCUGUGCAUCACAGAAAAUGCUGUAAUUGUGAAUGCCAGUGAUCAAGACGCAUAUCCUAAUGGCCCCCCUUUUCACUUUGAGAUUAUCCCAGAAAACACAAAAGGGAAAUGGAACGUGGAGCGUCUAAAUGACACUACAGCUAUCUUGCGGUCUCAGGAGGCUUUUUGGCCUGGUGUUUAUGAAGUGGAAUUUGUGGUGAAGGAUCAGCAGGGACACGCCUGCCCUGAACCUCAGAGAAUGACGGUCCAAGUUUGUACCUGCGAGAAUGGAGUUGUGUGUGGAAACCAAGGCAGCAGUGGUCGUGGUAGAAAAAGAACAUCAUUAGGACCUGCGGGCAUUGGGCUAAUACUAGCGGGCCUACUACUGCUCUUGAUCAUUCCUCUGCUACUGUUCUUCUGCUUAUGUGGAUCUGCUGUAAAGUUUCCAGACCUCUUUAGUGAAAUGCCUGACUUUGAGACCAAGUCACACCUUAUUGACUACCGCACCGAAGGGCCGGGAGAAAACACGGAAGGGCCACUACAUGUGACUAUUGGCACAGUUAAAAAUGGAGCAAUGGCACCAGCGGGAGGUUUUGGUUAUGAGGCAUCUCUCACUGACAUUGAUGGGAUGAAAUUUGGCACCUAUCAAGGUGGUUUUCCAACUGACUACAGACAAGAAAUGAGGGGUUUCACUGAUUUCCAUUCAGAGUUUGAGACCAGAGAAUCAAGGCAAGGUGGAUUUUUUGAUAGCAUGGCCCUGCCACAUCACUUCCUGGCACAGUAUUACUCUCAGAAGACAGUCAGCGGAGAGGACAACCUUGGCGUGAAGGAUGGUUUGUUGGUGUAUGAUUAUGAGGGCCAAGGGUCCUCUGCUGGCUCAGUAGGCUGCUGUAGCCUUUUGGAGUCAGACAAUGACCUUCAGUUUCUUGAUGACCUUGGACCAAAGUUUAAGACUCUCGCAGAGGUGUGCAGUGGCAAGACAAUUUCUUGUGAUGACAAACAAGCGCUACCCAUUACCCCUAAUGCCUACAUCAAUACUCAAACCUCAGUAUCAAGUUUGAUGAGUGCACAAAAGCUCUCCCCUCCACCCAAACUGGAGCCUGCCAUCUCCAAAGUGGAGCAGAGUGUGGUCAGGAAGACAACGGAGCACUCUGAAAUUGUAAAGGAAAGUACAGCCAAGGUGAAGGAAGAGAUGAACACAAUGAAAACAGGGUUAGCAAAUCAAGGCCAGAUGCUCCUAAUGCAGCAGCAGCAGCAGCCUGUGUACUACACCACCACUCCUGUGUUGCAGCCAAUGCAUUAUGUAGUCCAGCCACAGGUCCACAACACUGUGCUGCUGGCUGAGGCACCAACCACCAACCUUCAAGGCAUGGUACUGGUUAACAACACACAGUCUGGACCUGCCCAAGGAGUAUUCGUUCAAGGGCAGACACUAAUGUCCAGUGGACAAGCCCAGGGCCCUGCAAUGGUGCUGGUGGAGAAUGGUGACACCCAUAGUUGGAGUGAUGGCCUGAUCCAAGCUGGGAGCUUGUCUGGGUCCCAGACCAUGAUGGUUGUCAAAGGCAAGGCCCCUUCAGGGUCAACGAAAGUGCUAAAGGGGAGCCAGGGUCGUCUUGUUCAGGGAAGUACUCUACUGUCAGAAGGGGUCUCAGGAUCUAAGAAAGUGCUGACAGUUGGAGUGCCAACUAUCACCAAAGAGCAGCUGGUUCAAGAGGGAGGUCUUUCAAAGAAGAGUGAGGUCUUUGGCUCUGAAAAGGUCAUCUACAGCAGGAGCAGCCAAUCUACCGCCUUAAAGGCAAAUCAAUAGAGCAUUCACUGUAGUGACCCACCUACUGGUUUUUAAGGUGACAAGAGAAAAUCAUUAAAUGGCAGAUGAAUUCCUGGACAACAGACGACCCUUUUUAGUUUCAAAAUAGUGCAUUAAUCUUAUGCUUUCAGUAUUUUCAUGGGAAGCCUGUAAGAGCAAAUGGUGGUGGUGAAGGGUGGUGGCGCGUGUGUGUGUGUGUGUGUGAGUGUUGUGUGUGUGUGUGUGUGUGUGUGUGUGUGUGUGUAGGGAUAUGCAGCUUGUGCAGCUUUUCCUGGAUGAAAUGUAAUCAUUUCACAGAUUAAAGGAUACCCUUAUUACAUUUUAGUAGAUGUUGCACUUUGAAAUGUUGCUACUAUCAAGCAAAACUUAGACCUGUGGGAAUAAUCAAACCAUUCAGUAAUCCAUAAUCUCCUCUGGAUGGUGCAUUUAUGUCAUUGAAGAGAUCACUUUCACAUUACUCAUCACAUCAUAAAGCUGAUAAAUCAGAAUGUGUUUUUCAAUUGGAAUGAACUUUGCCUCUAAGAAGACAAGUGGACUCAAAUCAUGACAACAAAAUGCUCACUACAAUAUCAGGACAUCAUCUUCUCAUGUAACUAUCAACUUUACCUGCUCUUCUUUGUUCUCAAGUUAACACUGUAUUAUGUGUGUGGGUAUAAUUGGUAUCAAUUGUUACAUUCUCAUGUUAUAUUUUAGGUCAUCACUGCUCUCAUUGUCUUGUUUUAUUUUUAUACCUAUAUACAAUCUGUGUGUUUUUACACUAAUAAAAUAAAAACAUUAAAGUCUUUUAGCUCAUUGAA